GCGGUGGGGGGGGGAGGAGGAGGGGGACAGGACAGAGGAGGGUAACGGCCCAGGCAACACCUCCCCGGUGGCGUCUCUCUCUCUCUCUCUCUCUCACUAUAGCCCCCCUCCCCCACACACACGGUAUCGAGUGAUGUCUGACGGUACCGGGAGGCGGCGGUAACGGUUUAGACUCGUUAAAUAUUGGGACAAACCCUCCCCUUCUCUCCCCCCCAACACACACACACACUCUCUCCCUCCUCAUCUUUCCCUCACAAACAUGGCGCUGAAGAUCGUCAAAGGCAGCAUCGACCGAAUGUUCGACAAGAACCUGCAGGACCUGGUCCGCGGCAUCAGGAACCACAAGGAGGAUGAGGCCAAAUACAUUUCCCAGGGCAUUGAUGAAAUCAAACAAGAACUCAAACAGGAUAAUAUUGCAGUCAAGGCAAAUGCUGUCAUUAAACUUGCAUACCUGCAAAUGCUGGGAUACGAUAUCAGCUGGGCUGCUUUCAACAUCAUUGAAGUGAUGAGUUCUUCAAAGUUUACAUUCAAGAGAAUUGGAUACCUGGCUGCGUCUCAAUGUUUUUAUGAAGGAACCGAUGUUAUCAUGUUGACAACCAACCAGAUUAGAAAGGACCUCAGCAGCCCCAAUCAGUACGAUACUGGAGUCGCUUUGACCGGCUUGUCCUGUUUUGUUACCCCAGAUCUUGCCAGGGAUUUGGCAAAUGACAUCAUGACCCUGAUGUCGCACACCAAGCCUUAUAUCAGGAAGAAAGCUGUGCUUAUUAUGUACAAGGUGUUCCUCAAAUAUCCAGAAUCCCUACGGCCUGCAUUCCCACGCCUUAAAGAAAAGCUGGAGGACCCAGAUGCUGGUGUUCAGUCUGCUGCUGUGAACGUUAUCUGUGAGCUCGCUCGACGCAAUCCGAAGAAUUACCUUUCCCUCGCUCCCUUGUUUUUCAAGCUGAUGACUUCAUCGACCAAUAACUGGGUCCUCAUUAAGAUAAUCAAACUAUUUGGAGCCCUUACUCCACUUGAACCACGAUUGGGAAAGAAACUCAUUGAACCACUGACAAAUUUAAUACAUAGCACCUCGGCGAUGUCCCUUUUGUAUGAAUGUGUGAACACAGUUAUAGCAGUUCUCAUCUCCUUAUCCUCGGGAAUGCCGAACCACAGUGCCAGCAUUCAGCUUUGUGUGCAGAAAUUGCGAAUUCUGAUUGAAGAUUCUGACCAAAACUUGAAGUACCUGGGUCUGCUGGCAAUGUCGAAGAUUUUGAAAACACACCCCAAGUCUGUGCAGUCCCACAAGGAUCUUAUUUUACAGUGCUUGGACGACAAGGAUGAAUCAAUCCGACUACGAGCAUUAGACCUUCUCUACGGGAUGGUUUCAAAGAAGAACCUGAUGGAAAUCGUAAAGAAACUGAUGAUUCACGUAGAUAAAGCCGAAGGUACAACAUACAGAGACGAGCUGCUGACAAAAAUCAUUGAUAUUUGCAGCCAGUCCAACUAUCAGUACAUCACCAAUUUUGAAUGGUAUAUAAGCAUCCUGGUGGAACUGACUCGUCUGGAAGGAACACGACACGGUCACCUCAUCGCAGCACAAAUGUUAGACGUAGCCAUCAGAGUCAAAGCUAUCCGAAUGUUCGCCGUCUCCCAGAUGGCUAUGCUGUUGGACAACGCUCACCUGCUUGCUGGCAACAUGCAGAGGAACGGGAUCUGUGAAGUUCUCUACGGUGCAGCUUGGAUCUGCGGUGAAUUCUCAGAACAUCUUCAAGAGCCCAAUCAAACGUUGGAAGCUAUGAUGAUGCCUAAAGUCACCACGUUACCAGGGCACAUCCAGGCGGUCUAUGUACAGAAUGCUGCCAAGCUAUAUGCAUCAGUAUUGCAACAGAAGGAGCAAGCAGAGGACCAGGAAGGUGCUCAGGAAAUAACCCAGAUGAUGAUCGACAAGCUCCCACAAUUUGUUCAGAAUGCAGACCUUGAAGUUCAGGAACGGGCAUCCUGUAUUCUGCAGCUGAUAAAAUAUGUUCAGAAACUUCAAGCGAAAGGUAUCCCUGUGGCAGAGGAAGUUACUGCUCUGUUUUCUGGAGAACUUAACCCAGUAGCACCCAAAGCACAGAAGAAAGUCCCACUGCCAGAUGGGUUGGAUCUCGACGUCUGGAUCAACAGACCACCUGCAGAAAUCUCUUCUGAUGAUGAAAAGCCUAAGAAAACAAUAUUUCACGAUGAGGAACACAGACACGUGAAACCCAGACAGCCAGAGAUGGAUGAAGAUGAGCUUGCUCGGCGUCGGGAAGUAAGGAAACAGGAGCAGGCAAAUAACCCGUUCUAUAUAAAGAGUUCUCCAUCACCUCAAAAGAGUUAUCAAGAUGCUAGUGGUGUGGAGCACAUACCUGUGGUACAAAUCGACCUCUCUGUACCAUUGCGUGUACCAGGAAUGCCUUUGUCAGAUCAGUAUCUUAAACUGGAAGAAGAACGCCAGCAGAAGAUCGACCGAGAGAAGAGGAAGAAGAAACAGAAGAAGGACAAGAAGGGCAAACGCCGCCAUGAUUCGCAUCACACAGAAAGCGAUGAGGACAUUGCUCCUGUCCAUCACGUGGACAUUAUCACAGAAGAAAUGCCCGAGAAUGCCUUGCCCAGCGAUGAUGAUGAUAAAGAUCCAAAUGAUCCCUACAAGGCCCUCGACAUUGAUUUGGAUAAUCUAAAUCCCAUGAAACAAGGAAGGCCGUUGGCAGAUAAUGAAAAACUGCCCGUCAGGACACACAGAGUAGCCGAGAAGACGAGCCCCGAAUUAGAAACUCCCCCGGCAGAAGAGAAAAGCAAAAAGCCUUCCAAGAAGUCAAAGAAAGAGAAAGAAAGAGACAAAAAGGAUAAAGGAAAAAAGAAAAGUAAAGAGAAAGUUAGUAAAAAACAUAAGACGUCUUACGAGAAUGCAGGUGAUGCCCCCAAAGAAGACCAUGUUAUGCCUGUAUCCAAAGAGGAAGAGAAUGAAAAGGCUUCAACAGAGGCGUCUGAUCUGGACUUCUGGCUUUCUAAAGCUCCUACACAAAGCCAAUCGCAGACAGAGCCAGUUGUAAAUGAAACGGUUUCUGAACCAGAAGAGAGAAAAGCAAAAGAACAAGAAGAUAAGGAAGAAGAUGCGAAAUCCUCAAAGCAUAAGAAGAAAAAGCACAAGAAGGAUAAGUCAAAAGAAGAAAAGAAAUCGAAGAAAAAGAAACACCACAGUGGCGGAGAGACCGAGGAAUCUGUACCGAACGGUAACCUGGAUGAUGAGCCCCUGCCGCCAAUGUCCAACUACUAUCUUCUUGCAGAAAAUUCUUUCAUUAAAAUGACGUAUGAUGUCCAAGGAAACCUUCAGGAUGGAAGUCAAGUGAUCGUAUCAAUUAUUUUUGAAAACCAAAGCAGUGGCUAUCUCAAAUCAAUGGAGUUUAAUGUUUUGGACUCGCUCAACACUAAACUGGUCCGACCAGAAGGUUCCUCUGCACACGAUGGUGUACUGGUUCCCUUUCAGCUCCCACCAGAGGUUUCAAAUGAAGCUCGGUUUGUCUUUGCUGUCGAGAGCAUCAUCAUGCCUCAGAAACUGAAAGGAACACUGACGUUUAUAGUAAAAACAGAAGAUGGAUCUUCUCACGAAAAGCUUGACUUCAAGCUGCACUUCACUUGCACUUCAUACAUGAUCACCACACCUUGUUACAGUGACGCGUUUGCUAAACUGCUAGAAUCCGGUGAGCUGAAGAUGAGUUCAAUAAAAGUGGACGGCUUAACCGUUUCCUUCCAGCUCCUUCUGGCAAAGAUUUGCUUUCAUCACCAUUUCUCAGUUGUGGAGCGAAUCGACUCCUGUGCAUCAAUGUAUAGCCGUUCUAUCCAAGGUCAUCAUAUGUGUCUUCUGGUGAAAAUGGGUGACUGCUCAGUGUCUGUGGAUGGCAAAUGCAGUGAUGCUACCCUUCUGGGAAAUCUACUUGAUGAACUGAAGCAGACGUUGACUGAAAAGUGCUGAGGCCGUCUCAGAACCCGCAGUUGUAAAUGGCACUAGAGCUCUGUGUUAUGUUUUCCCCUGAAAGCAUGAACUGCGUACACACAAAGGCAUGUGCAUUAUUUAUCUUCACAGUCGUUUGCAGUUAGAAACCCUGAUUGCGUGUUAGGUUUUUUUUUCUCUCUCUCUCCUCUGAUCUUGGCCUCUACUCUGCAUUACUUUUCACCGAUUCUGUCAUUAAUGCAGCUGUCUGUAUUACGCUGGUAACAAAGAGCCCUGUGAGCGAGAGCAUUUAACUAUCCAGACUCCUAGGGUGUGCUGAACUGGUUUUGUGUGUUUCAAAUGGUCCUGCAUUCCUGAAGAGUUGAACUGUAGUGAUGCUGUGCAAGCAGCCGUGAAUCCAAAAGUAGUCCACCCGUUCGUGUCCGAGACUGAUCAUUUACUUUGAACACGUCUUAAUUAAUGUUUAUUCCCUCCGAAUCGUGGUGUUUGGGUUUUUGUUUUGUUUUGUUUUUUCAACGGGCCGAAGGGUCAGAUUAGCAUGUAGAAUUCUCUUGUGGAAUCCUGUGUGUUGAUUCUAGAUUUUUGGACAAUGUGUUAUAAAAUAAUUUACUAUCAACAUUCCCUCUCUCUCUCUCUCUCUCACAAAAAAAAACAUGACAAGCUGCUGUAUCUUUUGUGUCGAGAUAAAUCAAUAAAAUUGUAAAACUUGAAAUGACUCCCAA